AUGGCAGAUCCCCUUCUACCCCCACCACCAGACCCCCAGUUUGUCCUCCGAGGCAUGCAGUCAGCAGUGAACGCAGUGCAUUUGAGCAGACGAUCCCAGGCUCAGGAGUGCCCACUCCUCUUCUCAGGGUCUCAGAGUAGCUUGGUACAGAUCUGGAGCCUGCAGACUCGGAAAGCAGUCACCAUGCUGGAUGGCCAUGGGGGUCAGAGUGUGACCUGGCUGCAGUUUCUGCCCCAGGGCUCCCAGCUCCUCAGUCAGGGCCGGGACCAGCGACUGUGUCUGUGGGACCUGACAGAGGGCACGAACACUGUUGUGGACUCCGUGCACCUAGAGAGUGUGGGCUUCUGCAGGAGCUCUGUCCUGGCUUAUGGGCAACUGCACUGGACACUUGCUAUGCCAGGGAAGGGCACUGAUGAGGUUCAGAUUCUGGAGAUGCCAUCCAAGACGUCAGUGUGCACCCUGAAGCCCGACGCAGACGCCAAGCCAGGCAUGCCCAUGUGCCUGGGGCUGUGGCAGGCCAACUCCAGUCCCCGCCCCCUCCUUCUAGCUGGGUAUGAGGAUGGAUCAGUGGCCCCGUGGUACAUCUUGGAACAGAAGGUGUGCAGCCGUGUCACCUGCCACGAGGAACCCAUCAUGGCCCUUGACUUCGACUCCCAGAAGGUCAGGGGCAUCUCGGGCUCUGCGGGGAAGGCACUGGCUGUCUGAAGCCUGGAUGGGCAGCAGUCCCUACAGUCAGUGUGCAGCACUCAUGAACUCACCAAUCCUGGGAUUGCUGAUGUCACAAUCCAGCCAGACCAAAAGAUCCUAGCCACUGCAGACUGGGACCAGCGCAUCCGGGUAUUUCAAUGGUGGACAAUGAAGCCUCUGGCUGUGCUGGCCUUUGCCACCGAUGGCUUGUUGGCCGCAGGGUCCAAGGACCAGCACAUCAGUGUGUGGUCUCUCUACCCACGCCACAGCCACUCCCUUCUUGGGAGACAGAAGACAGGAGAUGGGCAUUUCAUUACAGCCUGA